AUGGAUGUUCUCCCCCUAGAAACUCUGCAGCAAAUAUUCGAGCUUGCCUGUACCGAUGGCGGAAUUACGGGCUGCACACUUUCGCUCGUGUCGAAGGGCAUUCGCUCAGCUGCGCGCACAACACGCUUCCACUCCAUUUCCCUUGUGGCUACCUCCCAGCGCCUUCAAUCAUUCGUCGAUCUCUACAAACGCGAAUGCGAGCCCGCACAAGAUGACAAGCCCCGCAUCCGACACCUGCACGUCGCCUUUCCCUACAUUGAGCUUGACUUCGACACGUACACCGACGACGCUAAUGUGUUGUGGCCAUUGGAGACCUCGCGCUCGCCCGACCCGCGGCAGGGCCCUGCGCCUUCGAGCAUCCCCGAGCAUUCGAACGAUGCAUACGUGACCGUCACCUUUCCGAACCCCUCUCCAAACUCGCCUGGGAUCACCGCCGGUGCAUCCCGCUGCCGUACGGCCGUCAUGCAACAAUGGGCCGGUCAUCAUCGCAUACGCCUUGACGCCUCGGCGGAUUUCCGCCACGACCUCUCGCCCUCCUCCCCCGAGUACUCUAGCGGCUCAUUCGCGAGCCCACACAACCCGGCUACUCAUAGAGAGUACAUCAGCGCCGCGCAGACGCUGUUCCGGCUGGUUGCGCCCGACCUGUUAAUCCUUGUCAUCUACGCUGUGCCGACCGCAGGCGGCCUCAGGCUCCCCGUCAUCGAGCGUCCGUUCCACAGUCUACGCGAGGCGACCUGCGUGGGUGUGACGGACUUCCGCACGCUCCUCAUCGACUCAGACGACACCAAGGCCGCGCCCCUCUUUCCUGCGAUGACACGCUUGCACCUCGUACCGCCGGAUAGAUGCGGGCUCUCCCUCUCGAUCUGGUCCGCGCACGCACCCCACGUCAGCCGCCUUGGCGUAACCCGUGCGGAAAGUCACGUCGAGGAGAUCGAGCGGGCCGUUGGGGCGGGACUCGCAAAGUCUCUCGUGCCACCGCUGGGGACGUCCUGGAGGGGUUUGCGAAUGCCUAGCUCGGAAGAGCUCAACUCGCGCUGGGGCCCUCCGAGCCCGUGGUCCCAGUCUCCCCCCGAGUCCCCUCUGGCGCCGACGUAUCCAAGCCUGCGUCAUCUUGAGCUCGAGCUCACACCCAUAGAAGCUGUGUGCGAGGAUACCUGGCAGUGGUAUGGCGAACAGUUCGAGCGACUGAGACAGAUGGUGUCUCGCUGCGGGGAAGUUGGCAUCAAGGCCGUUGAGGCGGAAGUACCUGUGGAGGAACAAUUUCACGACUACUGCGAGCGCGCUCGUCUCCGGUGGCUCGAGAGGACAGGCAACGACAGAUGA